UGUUUCUCAAGGUUGUGAGAUGAAAACAACGUGAACGGAAAAACCCGCGGUUCUUAUUAAAUAUAUCACGAAAUCGUGUGUAUUGCCGAUUUCCUGCAUUCUCAGAUUAACAAUACAAAUCCUGCAAAUAUUUAUCGAGCACAAUGGUGGAGUAUGAAGUAUUUCACCAACAAACAGUGUCUAUAAUGACUCUGCUGACAGAAACAGCUCGAGAAGAAAUUCAGAAAGUUUUUGACUGUGAAUGUCCCGCCACAUCCCAAACGACGUUUGAAAUGAACGAGAGACGGCUCAAACGGGCGAAGCUCACAGCGGUGAUGGAAACCUUUACCAAGGUGGCUGUUCAGAAAAUAUGCAGACUUUACAGAUAUUGCUGUGCAACGAAACAAACACAUUUGAAGGCCUUAAAUUCUGCAGAAAGCAAAAACAUGCAAACUGUCGGCGAUGUGCCUGAUUUUGUAGAAGUAGAUGUGACUCUAUCAAUGAGUCCAGAGAGACCGGAUCUGUCACGUGAAGAAAAUGUACAACAAGACCCUGUUAAUGGGUGGCAGGAGUCGAGUGAUGGCAGAGAGAAAACAACGGCAACAGUUUUGACAGAGGCUGAAGACCAGGAACCUGAAGUAAACAAACAGGCAGAGCAAAGCACUGCACAAUCCAAGAAAACAAAGAAAAGACAGAAUAAUAUAUCAUUUGACUGUAAUGAGUGUGGAAAGAAAUACCUCUGGAAACAUACACUAAAGCAGCACAGGUGUAGACAAGGCACCCUUCACGAAUGUGAUGAAUGUGGGAAGAAGUUUGCAUUUCUUAAAGGACUCAAGAAACACAAAUUGAACCACACUGAGAUCAAUUCAAAGAGAGGAAGCUGCAAAACAUGUGGAAAGACCUUUGUGGAUCUUAAGACACAUGAACUUGUUCACCUGGAAGUAAAGCCAUAUGUUUGUGGUGUAUGUGGACGCGGCUUCACAAUAAAGAGGGGUUUACGAGCACACCAGAGAAUCCACACAGGUGAAAAACCAUACAGCUGUAACACAUGUGGGAAAAAGUUUUCAUCCUCAGGUAACCUGGCUGCCCAUCAAAUAAUUCAUGCAAAUGAGGAACCAUGGAAAUGCAGCAUCUGUGACAAAACGUUCAAGACUGAGAGAAAAUUGAAAUCACACCAACGUGUGCAUACAGGAGAGAAACCCCAUACAUGUCCUAUAUGUGGCAAAAGGUUUAGCCACAUCACAAAUAUCAAAAGGCACAUGCUUAUUCACAGUGGUGUGAAACGUCAUGCAUGUGAAGUUUGCGGCAAGAGAUUUUAUCAGACAAAAUGUUUGAAGAGGCACAUGACGGUACAUGGAGCUCUGAAAUCAUUCAUGUGUGAAAUAUGUGGGAAAAGUUUUGUUUUUAAUUAUGCUUUAAAGAACCACCAGCUCACACACAGUGAAAAUGGGAAUGCUUUUCGUUGUGAGAUAUGUGGGAAGAGCUACAGUUGUGCCUCAUCGCUCAAAAUUCAUCAGAAGCUCCACACAGACAAGGAUCCAAACAUGUGUAAAGUGUGUGGUAAAAGCUAUAGCAGUACAUAUUCACUGAAGGAACAUGAGAAACUUCAUUCAGGCGUGGCGCCGUACAAGUGUGAAGUGUGUGGUAAGGCUUAUGCUCAAAGAUCUGGUUUGACAAUGCAUAAAGUUGUUCAUAAUGCAACACACAAAUGUUCUGUCUGUGGAAAGAUGUUAGGCUUGCCAAAUCGUCUCAGAGUGCAUAUGCUCAUUCACUCUGGUAAAAAACCACACAAGUGCGAAACUUGUGGAAUGUCCUUUCGCUUAGCGGGAAACUUAAGGCGACACAGGCGUGUUCACACUGGAGAGAAGCCCUACAGCUGUGAGGUCUGCGGGAAAAGGUUCGGACAACCCAACAAUGUGAAAGCUCAUAUGCAAAUCCAUACUGGAGUGAAACCCUACACAUGUCAGAAAUGUGGGAAGAGUUAUGCAUAUGUUAGAAAUUAUAAUGACCACAAAUGCGUACCUGUAUGAAGAAAGAAAACCAUGGUAGGGACUUGUAACUGAAUUUCAGCACCAUUUUUAUAUAGUUUCAUUUGUAAUAUAUUUCAGACAAAUGUUUGGUAAAACUGUACCUGCUUGUUAGAGAAACAUAACUUUGCAGUGCUGUUAAGAGCUGUUAAGAAUGUCAAAACAACUACUGUCUGUAAAUGGAAGGCAUGUAUAAGAGGACUUUUUGUGUUGUUACUAACAGAAACAGGAGCCUUCACUGCCUGUACAAGUUGAUAAGAUGUACAGAGUAAAGACCUUGUUAAGGAUAGUUUUAUAACAUGAAAUCUUUAUGAUACUUAAAUGAAGCAGCUGAAAUUGUAGGGUAACACUUUACAAUAAGGUUGUAUUUGUUAACAGUUAAUGCAUUACGUAUCAUUAACAAUGAGCAAUAUUUUUCACAUUUAAUCUUAAUGUUAAUUUAUGAAAAUAAUGUUUACAUUUUGCAGCUAAUGUAUACAACUUUUUGUUUUAAAAAAUGUAUUAGUAUAGAGUGAAAUAAACAUUAACCAAGAUUAAGAAAUGUUGUAAAAGUAUUGUUCAUUGUUAAUUAAUGUUAACUAAUGUUACCGAAUACAGCCUUAUUGUAAAGUGUUACCAACUGUUAUAAAUAGUUGAAUUAUUCAACAGUUGCAUUGUAAUUAAAGCUUGACCUUUUGUAUCCAGACUGAAACCUUUAUGACUUUCUUCUGUGGAACACAAAAGGACCCAAAAGUGUCAUAAAUUUAGUCCAUGCAACUCCUGCAUCAUAAUCAAAGUCUUCUGAAGCCUUAUGAAAGUAGUAGUGAUUUGUUUAGAUUUAUAUUCAGCUUAAGCAAAUGUAAAUAGCGGUAAAUCUAUACUAUCGAGGCAAGGGCAUUUUAUAUGAAGUCUUUCAAAAUUUGUACAGAAUACAUAAAUGAGUAAUCAUUUCCAUAACUAUGAAAACAGAAGGGUGGAUACUGUAAUAUCUAGACUCCGUAUUGGACAUAUAUGAUUUUAGUGUCAAAAUCAUUACAACUUCAUUGCCAUGAAGACCUAAUGCUAUAAACACUGCAAGUCAUUUUAACACUAAAGUCAUGUUAACAUGUGAUGUUUACGUCUUAUGGCAACACUUUUGAAACUGUGUAUUUUAAUGUUUAUGAACUGGCCCCAUUAGUUUCCAUUGCAAGUUUCUAACUGCAAUUUGUGCUUUUUUUUUUAAUUAAAGGAAUAUUCCAGAUUCAAUACAAAUUAAGCUCAAUCGACAGCAUUUGUGGAAUAAUGUUGAAUACCACAAAAAAAAAAAAGAAUUCGACUUGCUCCUCCUUUAAAAAAAUAAAAUAAAAAUCGAGGUUCCAGUGAGGCACUUACAAUGGGGCCAAUCCGUAAAUGUUAAAAUACUAUUUCAAAAAUAUAGCCACAAGACAUAAAUAAAAUGUGUGAUAAUUAGUGUGAUAAAUCACUAACUGACCUUUUCUGUGUAAAGUUAUAUCCAAUUUUACAUCUUUACAACAUAAUGUCAACAAACCCUAAAACGACUAUAAAAAUGACUAUUUAAACAACUUUUUUUAACAGAAGAAUUAAUGUAAGCACUUUUAUGAAAUCAUAAGCUUCACAUGGCCCCAUUCACUUCCAUUGUAAGUGCCUCACUGUAACCUCGAUUUUUGCUUCUUUUUUUUUUUUUUUUAAAGAGAAGGACAUUAUGCCACAAAUGCUGUUGAUUGAAACUAACUUGUAUUAAACCCGGAAUAUUCCUUUAAAGCUGGGCGAGUCUGUGAUGAUCAAUAUUAUGCUUCAGAUGCUGUGGAUUGAGCCAGAGUGUUUAGCAGAGAUGGGCCACUUCUAUUAAAAUGAAUUGGAGAAAUUGGAACGGUCAACGGAUGUAGAAAAGAAGUCCCGCCUUACAGGUAAAAAGAGCCCUUUAAUGUUUUACCUUUGAGAUACAGUCGUCGCCGUCAAUCAACUCGACAAUGCGCAUGCGCAUUAGCCAUACAAGCCGAGAAAAUUGCGUUUUUUUUUAGCGUAAUCUGAGGUAAAGAAGCACAAUUUAUGAUACCAGUAUUGUCAAAUUUUACUGCUGAUUGUAAAUAAGUCCUUUGAUCCGUAAUCUUGACAAACCGUUUAGUAGAUUUCAGUCUUUUCCCAUUCCCAUUGACUGGAAAUAACCUCCCGAGAGCGUUCCAAACAUGGCCGACAGUGGACUGACUUGCUAAAAUGCCCUUGAUUGAGCUUAACUUGCACGGAAUCCGGAACAUUCAUUUAAAAAUGUGACAGUUGAACAAGCACGAUGUUGCAUAAUGCUAUGAAACAUUCAAACAUAUACAAUGCUCUUUUAAGUUAUUUAAAUGAAAUAUUUUUUAUGUACUGUAGUUUUCCUCCUUGGUUUUCCCCCUACGUCGUCGCUUCACACUCCAUUCCAGUAGAUGGCGGAAAUGCUCCAUUAACUGGUUUGACAAAAAGAUAAAAAGAAGAAGUUCGUAUCUUCCGUUGUUUACAUUACAUCAGGCUGCGCAGCGCUAUUCACAACUGUUAACAGCUGGAUACAUCUUAGAAAACGCAAUUCCAAAGAAGAUGUCUGACGAUUUCUACAUAGAGGAGGAGAUGCAUUUCUAUGCACAGCCUUAUUUGUUUGAGCCGGAGUACACGGAUGCCGAACUCAGAGAGAUGGAAGAAGAGGCAGCGGCCGCAGCACAGACACAGGGCGAAGCUACAGUGAGACAGAGGGCACAGGACACCUGGUGGUGUUCUUGUGGACAGUGCAUGGCAAUGCCAACAGAUGAAGAGAGUCUCUGCUGUAAUGAGUGGGAUUUUGCCAGACGACCCCUGGAAAAUCGUACAACAGCAAGAAACUGUUUAACUUGUGAUCCAGAGUUUGCGCCACUAUUAAACCGCAGUGUUUUGGAGGUGAUGUUUCAAUUGCCUAGUGUGAACUGGAAGAAUCGCCCCAAACCUCAAGGACCGGAUGGCACGCUGUCUGUAGAUCAGUGCAGGGUGCUGGCAUACCGUGUAGUGUUGGAAUGGGUGUUGAAAGGAGAAAAACUCAGUAAACAGAACAGUGAAGUUCUUCCAUCCUGUGUUGUCAGAGCCGUCCGAGAAAGAUACCCCUCCUCCUCAGAAACUUACGUUGGAUUCAAAGAGACCGAAGAAGCCUUUGGGCUGAUUUAGAAUGUUUACUUUUUCUCUCUCUUUUUUUUUUUUUUUUUUAAUUUUGCAUUGCUGCUUUUUAAUAUAAAAAAAAACAAAUAAAAAAAAAAAAACUUCUUUAUAAAUGUGUAAAACUUAACUAUAUGUUUAUUAAAGAAAAUUCCACUGGACCAGA